AUGGGCUCCCUUCCAUUUUUCAAGAGACGAUUCGGCUGUCCCAGUGUCAUCAUUAUCGCCGGCCUCCUCUCCAUCCUCCUCAUCGCCACACUCGUCUCGAGACCAACCUAUCUCGACCGUCUACCACAUGUCUUGCCGUCAAUAGAGGAACACCUGCCUAGCUUUGGCGACAGGAAGAGCAAUGGCGCCCAAAAUAAUAAGGCGGGCAAGAAGGGGAACUUAGCACCCGUCUCGAAAAAGAAUAGGGGAUGGAAGUUCAACUCGACCCGCGACGCCAACAGCUUCUCCCUCGACUCGGAGCAGUGUAACAUGGCCUUUCCUGGUCUGUUUGACGAAAUUUGGCGUGGCGUCGAAGCCCAGAAAGCGGCCGGGAAUAUUACUCCCGAGCAGCUCAACAUCUCUGAUCGCGAUAGGGGAGCGCUGCGGGGAAUGAUUGUGAACCAGCAGCUCUACGUCCUCCAAGAGACCGUCUUGGAAAACGAAUACGACACCUCGCGCGCUGUCGCCAUAUUACACGCCAUCCACAGGGCCAUAGUAACAUCCCCUGAACCGCUGCCCAACAUCGAGUUUGCCCUGACUGUGGCCGACGUUGUGCCUGACCCUGACGAACAUAAUUACCCCAUUUGGGGACUCACACGCAAAGCUGAAGAUAAGGAGAUCUGGCUAAUGGGAGAUUUUGGCUACUGGAGUUGGCCGUUGGACCUGGUAGGAGCGUACCACGACGUACGACGAGAGAUUACCGAGUCAGAGCUACCGUUUGAAAAGAAGACGAAACAGGCUGUAUGGAGAGGAGCUGUGGCCACCAACGGCCACCGCGAGGAGCUAAUCAAAGUUACGGAGAAGAAGGACUGGGCGGAUGUGCGAGCCAUUGUUUGGGCAGGUAUGAGUGACCUCGUGUCAGAGGAUCAGGCGAAGGCGUUGUCCAUGCCCGAGCACUGCAAAUACCAAUUUGUUAUCCAUACAGAAGGACACAGCUAUUCAGGUCGGGGAAAGUAUCUCCAAAACUGCAACUCAGUUGUAAUAAUGCAUAAAAGAAAGUGGAUCGAGCCGCACCACGGGCUCCUAGUAGCCGAAGGCGACAAACAAAAUUUCGUCGAAGUGGCCGAGGACUUUUCAGACCUGGAAACAAAGGUUACCGCCUUGCUCGCCGAUCCAGCGAGAGCAAAGAAGAUUGCCCAGAACGGCGUCGACACAUUCAGGGAUCGUUAUUUGACACCAGCAUCGCAGGCGUGCUACUGGCGCGAGCUGCUCCGGGGCUGGGCGUCUGUGAGCUUUGAACCAAAGUUCUGGAAGCUCGAUCCGAAGACGGGCACGAAGAAGCUUAGGGGCGUGCCAUUCGAGACUUUUGUAGUACAAUCCAUAAUGGUGCAGCCGGCGCCGGCAAAGUGUAAAUGGUUGGGAAGGUUUUUGGGCCAGUGUUAA